AUGCGACAACGGGCAUCAUGGAUGGGGACGCCCUCCAUCAAGGGGCGGACAGAGUCCCAGCGCAUGGCUCUGUUGACUCUCAGCUUGGUUGGACUACAGUUCACUUGGGGAAUUGAAAUGACAUAUUGCACGCCGUAUCUCCUUCAGCUCGGGUUAACGAAGUCACGCACGUCACUCGUAUGGAUAGCUGGCCCGCUUUCGGGCUUAAUAAUGCAGCCGUUGGUUGGAGUAAUAGCUGAUCGUUCGACGUCGAAAUGGGGUCGCCGACGACCGUUUAUGAUUGGGGGUUCUCUGGUAGUUGCGCUCUGUCUCUUCGUGCUCGGAUGGACAACCGAGAUUGUUUCGAUCUUUAUAAGCGAUACACAAUUGAGAAAGUCAGUGACGAUAACGGUAGCGGUUUUAAGCAUUUAUGCCACUGACUUCGCCAUAAAUGUUGGUGCUUCAGGCAUGUUGCCGGAGUUUAAUAGUGGAUACACUGCCCAUCCCCCAGCAGCAACUGGGGUCUGCUUGGGUCCUAUCACAGCAAGUAGGAUGACUGCGGUGGGAAGCCUUAUUGGCUAUGCAAUUGGGUCUGUCGACAUGCUGAGCAGAUUUGGCACCACGCUUGGAAAUACUCAAUUCAAGCAAAUGACAGUGAUAGCUGCCCUGUCACUCAUCACAGCAGUAUCUGUCACCUCGUACGCCGUUAAAGAGAGAGUCUUAAUAUCCGUCAGAGAUACGGAUAGUCGAGCCGGCGCGAUCAAAAUACUCUCUCAGCUAUUUAGAACCACUUUUAAUCUGCCACCUCGAAUCAAGGCGAUAUGCUGGGCGCAAUUCUGGGCUUGGAUUGGUUGGUUUCCAUUCCUUUUCUAUAGCAGCACCUGGGUUGGAGAGACAUAUUUUCGAUAUGAAGUGCCAAAAUCUGCCGUUGAACAGUCAAAAGAUACACUUGGCGAGGUUGGUCGCCUGGGGAGUCUGUCACUUGUAAUAUUCUCCAUGAUUACGUUGGUUAGCUCCGUUGUGCUUCCGUUUGGGGUCCUCUCACCGGAAAACAAAAGAGGGCGAUUCACUCCACGGCCGCCUCGGGGUGUCGUCCGUCUCCUCAAAAAGAUCGCUUUUGUCCGGCCGGAUUUGCAGACAGCGUGGAUGAUGUCGCACAUCAUCUUUGCUGCAACAAUGAUAUUCGCGCCAUUGGCAAAAUCGGUUCGAUUCGCGACGUUCCUCGUAGCCAUUUGCGGUAUUCCAUGGGCUGUUACUAGCUGGGCUCCUUUUGCUUUCAUGGGAGUUGAAAUCAAUCGGCUGGCGAUAUCCUCUACGUCACGGAAUUCCACAAUUACCAUGAUAACCUCUGCAGGAGCGAGCAGCAGACAUAGUGCCUACCUACCCCUUGAAACCACGGACGGUAACAAUUCCGAUCUAGAAUUCGAUAACGCCAGUGUCCUUCGGCUCAACCACCGUCAUGAUGGAGACAGCGAUUUCGAGAGUGACGUAGAAGACGAUGAAUCCGCGUCCACUGGCGAAUUGGCCGGAAUAUACCUCGGCGUCCUCAACGUCUACACUACUCUUCCUCAGUUCGUGGGCACGUUUAUUAGCUGGAUCGUCUUCAGCAUUCUAGAACCGAAUAGAUCAUCGACACAGAGCGAACCAGAGCUCAAGGCUAAGGAGACGACCAAUUCAAAAGAAAACCAAUGGAUGAAUCUCAAUGCUGAGGGACCAAAUGGGAUUGCGAUGUGUUUGUUUAUUGGUGCGAUAUGUGCGAUGGUCGCAACCGAAGCCACGAGGAGGUUGAAGCAUGUUCGAUGA